CUACGGGACUCCUGAAGUAUCCAUCACCUCUAAAAAGAGCCAAAUGGAGAAAAAAUACCCAUUAAUAGCAGGAAGAGAAAAAGGACCGGGACCCGGACGCUACGGGCUUCCUCCCACCAUCGGGUUCAUGGGCCAUGACUUCACCAUGCAGACCAGCCCCGCUUACUCUUUCCACGGCCGGAUGAGUGACACUAUGUAUCGUGUGGACUCCAGUCCAGGCCCACAGUAUCACAUCGACGCAAAAAUGACUCGUUUCGGAAGAGAUGGCACCCCUGCGUACUCGAUGCUGGGCCGAGUGAAAGCACAGAAGCUGUUCCAGACCCCUGGACCGGGUGCAUACAGCCCCGAGAAAACGCCAACAUUCAACCUGCAGCGCCGACCGCCGUCAUACACCAUGGGGUCGCGAUCACAAUACCGGAGUGUCGACUCGGUACCGGCCCCCAACAAGUACUCUCUCCCUCCGCUGAUGGGCCCCCAAGUGCCGAACAAGCAAGCCAGCGCGAGUUACACAAUGUCAGGUAGUUACAGCGCAGGGGGACCCUCUGUGGAUUUAGCCCAGACGCCAGGGCCCUGCAGGUACAACAGCACGGACCCCAGCGUUUAUCUACCAAGAAAGCCGGCCUUCUCCAUGCUGGGACGACACGGCUUGCCCAGAGAUGCCACCGAAAAACCCGGGCCUGGAACCUAUAAUCCGGAGAAAGUGACGGUCAACAAGGCUCGGGCACCAGCCUACUCCCUGGGCAUGAGGCACUCCGAAUUCGUUACACCGCUAGUCGUCAAUGUUUCUGACUGACCGUCAUCACACGGGAUACAUACGUCUGAUCUGGUGGAAAAGAAUAUUCACAAGCAAAUGUAGCUAAUGUGAAGAAGUACAUUUAAUUUGUUCUUUCAGCAACAAAGAAUGUGUUGAAUCAACCAUGACUCAGUCAACAUUUAUAACAUCUCGAAAUAAUAUUAUGUACAUAACACCAACACAAGUUUAAAGAACAGCAAAACAUAGAAAGCUCUUUUGGGAAAAUAAUGGACUUGAGGAAAAGGGGA